AAUUGUUUAGGUAAUUGAUUACAACAGUCGUGCUUCUUGGCGUUGGCUUUGGCAGUCAUAUUUUUUCCGAGUUUGACACGAAUACUGAGCUUGCGAUAUUGAUAUACGAUACUGAAACUACCACUUAGAGGUGUAACUAUAGAGAUUAUUCUUGAUUCAACAAUACUGCUCAUCGUUUUGAUUAUCUGACUUGCGCUACCAGUGUUUCUUGGUCUUCAAGAUGAAGUGUGUUGCUUUUGCAGUGUCUUUGCGUUGGCCUCGACACCGGCCUGUAAAAGCGAGCGUCACACACGGGAGAACGCAAUAAACGAUUGGGAUUGUUCUGUCAGGUGAAGGUGUUUGGAGGUAGCACGACGGAUUUUUAGUCUUGCCCUUCACCUCUCGCUCUCCGGUUAUAAGAAAGAAAUAUAUAAUUCUGAGCAGCAACCCCUGGUGGUGGAGAACGGUCACAGGGGCACUAUCAUCCACCAAGUACAAGAAUAAAUAUCAACAACGAUUUCCCACCGCUGCCUGAAGAUCUCACGACAAUGCAAACGCCUCAAUUGGCUCAGCGCUUACAGCGAGUGCAUAGCAAGUAUGCAGAUUGCACAAUAUCGCUGUCGACUGGGGAGUCGAUUCCAGCAACGCGCUGUCUCUUAGCAGCCGCGAGUGAUGCGCUGGAUAAGAGGAUAGGGGUACUUGCUUAUUUGACAUUUUUUUUUUGACUACCCCGCGUAAGCGUAUCGUGAGGAUAGUUUCACCUAGGAGUAGGACUUACUAUCUAAGUCCCGCUGCUGGUGCUGUACCCCUUCUUUACUUUUCGCAUUUUACGUUACAACUCCUCACCACGACUCAGACUUGUCCGGCCGGUGGCAUAGUGUCGCUGAUUGAGCUCGAUUCUCUCGAGUGCCUAGAGGAGCUUGUCCGCUACUCUGUGGGCCAACCACCUGUGGACGAGUAUGCUGCGAAGUGCGUGGGCAAUGCGUUCGGGAUCCCAUCUCUUGCGAGCUUGAGAGUGAGUACGACUUCGAGCAGUUCGACAGGCUCAGGGAAGAAAGGGGGAAAAGCGAAUGGAGCUGUAGGGAAUGGAGUUGUGAGUGACUCAACUACUAGUAAGCAAAUUCACGGGGAUGGGGCAAAUUCAUUGAAUAUCAAUGCCAACGGAACAUCAGGAGCCGGAAAAAAGAGUAUCCAGUCAUCACCACGCACUAGCACUAGGCAAUCAGGAUCUAUGGGAGGAGGAGCCACGGGCACGUCAACAUCAUCGUCUUCCGGAAAAUUUUCACCUGCUUCCCGACUAAACGCAGCUUUCGGCUUCGUCUCUGAAAAGCUCACCCACACGCUAGACCGCCUCCCAACUGACAGCAACGUUUCCAUCCUUUUCUACGACUACGUUGCCAACAGCUAUCCAGUUCUUCAGACCCUGGCUUUUGUUGGCGGAAUCUCUUGUUGGUACCAUGCAUGGUUCUACAACCUUGAACAAGGUGGGCUCUUCAUGGAUGACGUGAUGAUUAAGAGGAAUCUCAAUGUGGUGGAUCCGCAGUUCGACUGGGAUCGGUUGAUUCGGACAGAUUACUGGGGCUUAGAGAUGUUCGAUCCCCAAGUCUGGACACACAAAUCCUUUCGGCCCGUAACAGUGUACUCCUUCCGCUUUGACUACCAGAACUUCGGAUUCGACAGCCACGCCUUCCACCGACACAACAUCGUUCUGCACGGGCUGUCGGGACUGCUGCUCGGGUAAGAGGAAUUUUUGUAGAGCUGUGAUGGUGAUGAGAACUAGAUAGAUGAAGAAGAAGUACAAUAACAAGGAUAAGAAAUCAUGCUGCCCUCUUUGACACCUAUCCGAAUAAAGAACCUCCUCGACUGUAUCCCCGCGCCAUCCCAAUCACCUCAGGUACGUCGCUAACCGAAUAUUGAAGAUGGGCGCUGUGUUUUCGAGCUUGCUCAGCUUCCUCUUCCUGACACACCCAGUACACACGGAAUCUCUGCUGUACAUAGUGGGUCGGGCAGAUCCCCAGUGCUGCGAUAUCUUCUUGUUGGCGGUACUUCUUCAAAUUGCUUACAUGAUAAUGAUGAUUGACUUCUUUAUCAAUGCACCUUUCAUCAAUUUUCUUUCUAGAUGACAGUCUCAUUCAUCAAGGUACUUUUACGUUUACCUUGCACUUGCUCUCCACUAAUCUCUGUCUCUCCGCCUCCACCAGAUCGUGAUCUACGACAGCAUGAUCCAGAGUGCUCACGAGAGCUGCGCAAAAAACAGGGGCAUCGUAACUAUGUCCAACCUGAUUCGAACCGGCUCAUACCUCUUCUUGUCGCUGUUCCUCGUGGUGAUGUCGGGUUUCUGCAAGGAGAUAGGAUUUACGGUGUUCGCUUUGCUGGUGAUGCUGGAAGGAUACUAUUUGCUUGCGCCACCAGCAGUCAGCGUAGCAUCUGGAAAUGGGGAUAAGCCAGUUUAUGAGCAAACUGUCCUGUUGUUGUUUUGUGUUCUCUCAUCUUCGUAUAGUCUCGUGCUCUCGCAGUCCUAGUCAUAAUAUUAUACUCUGCUAACAACUACUCGCCCAAUUCCAACGCGCUUCUACCACAACAUCAUCUAUUCCCUUGUUCCACUAUUAGCUCCUGCCAAGAAGUUUUCUCCUUUCAUACCUGAAAAACGGUGAACCAGUUUUUCUGCGCUGCGCGUGUGGCUGCUGUCAUCGUGAUAGGGACAUUGGUGAUUAUUUGGCGAUUCCAGUACACACAGGGUACGCAAAUCGCGCGCAUGGACCCCUAUUCGAAUCCGAUUGCGGCACACGACAAUGCCUAUCAGCAAGUCUUAUCGUACUGGUAUGUCCAUGGACGCUACGCGGAACUGUUAGUGUACCCGAAAUUCCUCAACUAUGACUACAGUAUGAACGCAGUGCCUUUGAUUUUGUCGCUGACAGACGUCCGAUUGCUCCUACCGGCAGCAGCUUACGCGACGCUGUGUGUCGGUACUCCUACAGCUUUCAAUCAUGAUAAACUUGUGUGCCCUUUUCUGCUUCAUAUUCUCAAACACACGACCACGUACAGUGACAUCAAUCGACCGUUUACUUACUUUAUCCAUAGAACUACAGCUACACAUUCAAUUUCAAUUAAUUUUUUUCCGACACCCACGAGCGCGACCACCUCCUCGUCAAUCUCUUCAGGCGUCCAUUUCACGAUGCAUCAAUUUCAUACGUCACUCGGACGUGCCAGUGGCUUCGGCCUGGCAACCUUCGCAGUCAGCUUUCUACCGAUGUCAAACAUCUUGUUUCCUGUCGGAACGCUUAUCGCAGAGCGCCUUCUCUACAUCCCGUCAGUCGGAUACUUGCUAGUGCUCGUAGCGUGCAUGAAUAUGAUGUGGCUGCGCUGUCAGAAGUUUGCCCGGCCAACGAGGAUACUCUUGCAGACUUCGCUCGUUGCGAGUUUGGUGGCACUUGGUAAGAAUCAAAAGAAGUUUAUGCUAUAUAUAACACUAUCAAACUGAAACAUCUUGCUCUAUGGAACUUUGGUAUUCUUAUCCAUGCAAUGUAGUCCUCCUAUCGGACAUCUUCAUCAUCGUGAAACUUCCGAAUCGUCCACAGGUGUUUUCUACUGGGUACGUUGUUACGUCCGCAUUUUCGACUGGAAGGAUAGCGAGACCAUCACGGAGGUCGACGGUCUUUCUCAGCCUUGGUCUGGGAGGACGAGUUUUAACAUCGCGAACUUGUACCUCUCGAGAAAAGACUACGAUCGAGCGCUAGAGGCCUAUAUUCGUAGUAUCAAGAGCGACCCAGAGGAAAGGGAUAGCAUGCCGCUGUAUCACGCGGGACAAAUCUUCAUCUACAGAGGUGAUUGGGGAUCGGCGGAACAAUAUUUGAAGAAGGCGGUAAGACCGUUUUUUGUCAUUCUUGGUGAUAGGUAAAAACCACAAGAACGUCUCUCUUUGAUGACAAUAGAGGCUAGUUGCGAACACAUUCACUUUUUUUAGGGGUAGACUGCAUAAACUUUUACUGAUGUUCUCUUUGUCGCUAUCGCAUUUUUCUCUCCACCACAGACUGACACCCUCCUCACUUCUCCAAAUAGGUCGGCGGUUACUUCUCGCCACUUACGCUCGCAGAAGAGGAAGUGUUCCAUGAUUACGGUAUGGCCUUGUGGCAUGUGAAUAAGGCUCCAGAGUCAAUCUACAACUUGCAAGCCUCAAUUAUCACAAAUCCGAAUUUCGCGAAGGGAUACAACAAUCUGGCGUGUGCGCAGGUACAAUUGACAUCGAAGAAACUUCUUAACUUGAAUUGCUGAUGACAGCUUUGGAGAACGGAAGCAGUAGUUGCUUUCUCUUACUUAGUCAGAACAUGCACUUGUACAUUGAAUUAUCACGCCGCUCCACUUCUUGUUCUUCCACAUCUCAUCUUCCUCCCACCAUCCAGGUCCUCUACGGCCUUGACCUGAAGAACCAGGAGAUGGUUAACCAGGGUCUCGGUAGCCUGGAGAAGGCCUUGAGUAUAGCACCUGAUAUGGCCUUGUAUUGGAGAAAUGCUGCAGUUCUGCUAGGUUUCAUCGGAGAUCAAGCGGCCUCUAGGAAUGCGUGGAACAAGUUCGCUCUGUACGAUCCCAGUGCUGCAGUUCAACCCAUCCCCGAUAACUGUGUGUGGGAGUUCUACUUCAGAUAACGAAGGUGUUGGUGUAACGUACGUUUUAAGCUGACGUAGGAAAAACUUGCCAGGUCAAUGGUCCAGCCCCGCGGAACAGCUGUUGCCAUGAUUGAUCAUCAUUGUCCCCACAGGAGCAUAUUAAAGUACCCUACACUACAACGCGACCCACCCCAAGGCUUUGAUUAUGCUAACCAUGAUUCUGGUUAAUGGGCUUGACCAGACAGGAAAUACCCCACCCCAUGAAGUGGCUCAUCAUUUUUCACUGUAUCGAGCUGGUAUUGUCUCUCCAGCACCUGGAGACCAUACAUAACGACUCCAGGGGUAUCUAUGUGUCGAAAAGAUGCGGCCGUGGAAAAUCUAGCUAGAAAGCAGUUUAGACAAGCUUGACGCUCACGAGGACAUAUCUGUAAUUGUCCAUAGAUUUUAUUUCAGUUCAUCUCACUCCUAACCCUAAGAAGCAAGAGCAAGAUUUGGUUCUAUCUUUGAUACAGUUCUUGUCGAAUCCUAUGCGCUGAAAUGUAGUUUUUUCAGAGCGACGCAUUGAUAGCAUGAUCAUGAUACAGAUCCGUGUUGUCAGAAGCACGCUACACCGUGUUGUCAGAAGCGUCCUCCGUUUCGGUCGCCGAAUAGAUUGUGUAUAACGCUGAUUUAUCGUGCACGAAUCACUGAGUUUCACCACUGGAUUUUCUACAUUAAAUAAUGAGCUACUUUCCAUAUUCUUCAUCUUCAGGAAAUGAAGAUCAACAAGUUCUUCUUCUUUCUAGCGUGUGUGUCUUGCGCGAUGAAUCGAUACAAAUCUUCACACAUGAACAAUUAUCUGCUUGAGAAUAUAGAGGAAACUUGAUUUCUUGUGAAUUGAGAAAAGUGGACGUCGCGAUAGGCGCCGUCAAGAACAGCUGUAGUGCGUCCUUCAUGAGGUCGAAAAAGUCAGUGGAAAUUGCUGGCAUGACGAC